AUGACAACACAACAAACAUUAUGCACAUACCCUUCUUAUUUAUCCGAAUUAUUUUUCAUAUUUCGUUCUCCAAACUCUCCCCCCACUUCGACCUAUUCGCAAUACCCAUGGCCCGAAGAAUUAUUCAUUGAUAGAGAUGGAGAACUUUUUAUUCACAUCCUAACCUUUUUAAGAAAUGGCACUUUACCAUACUCCACCCCAUUAAGCAUUUUACAAAAAUUAGAAUAUGAGGCCAAAUUUUAUGGCAUAAAACCGUUACAAACAUUAAUCUACCAACGUAUACAAAUACAUUCCUCCUCUCCAAAGUUUAAAGUCAUCCCCAUUGAAAGAUUGAGCGAUGAAGAAUGUGAUUUGGAAGAUGAUGACGAGUUCACCACUAGUCCUAGGAUUUGCCUAAAGAGAUCAAAUUUAUCUUAUUGUUCAACUACUUCCUCUUAUGAUAUUCCUCAACAACAGGAUGAUGCGUCCAUAUAUUCUUGUUCUUCCUCCGGGGAUUCAUCCGAAGAAGUUCCUAUCAUUUACAACCCUGGUAAUACAACGUCCAACACUUGUAGCACAGUUACGCCCACCACUUAUACUCGUACUCCAAAAUCUUCCAUUUCCACUUCAAAUUUUACUAUUCACAAAAAUUUGUAUCUAUCUUCCGUUUCUGCUCAACAUUAUGACUACAAACCUGAUUAUGAGAUUAUUUCAAUUACUAAUGCUCCCACCAUAAAUGAUUUGGAAAGUUUGGACCAAUUUCAUGUACCUGAUGAAGAGCUUUACGCCAAAGAUUUGGCUACUUUUGCUGUAUUACAACGCAAAGAUAAAUAG